UCUUGUUUCCACACGAAAAAAAUAGCAGCAAACCCUAACCUUCUUCGCCCUCACUGCAAUUCCAAAACCAUUCUCCGCCUCAUCAGUUUGAACUUGAGAUUUAUUAGAUAGACAAAUCAGAUUAACAAAUGCAAACAAACAAAAUGCAGAUAUAUACUUACACGUAUACACACAUGUAUCAUACGUUUCGGGUCAAUCCUUCACGAGUUCCUUCCACAGAUUACAAAAAUACAGUACACUACACACUGAGUAAGAGUUGUUUUGGCUCGCCUCCUAUAAAUGCCAUUGUCUCUCUGUGUAACGGUUGCACAUCUGGGAUUGUCAGCGAAGUCGAUGGCGAUUCCCCCGAGAAAUGCAGGCGAAGGUUUUAUCCUCUGCUGAUUAAUUCUUCCUAGUCAUCUUCUUGUAAGAAAUCUCAGACGUUUUGGCCCAAAGACGGUGUGUGGGAAUCAGUUUGGUUGAGAUGGCUGAUCCUGAUUCGUCAGCAUCGGGUGAGCCAUCUAACGCGCCUGUGCCGGUGGUUGGAGCAAUUUCUAUAUCUGGAAGGCAGCGUUCAAUGGAAGAUGCGAUUUCAGUUAGACCUAAUCUUUGCUCGCCCAAUCUCAGUCGCGGCCGACCCAUUGAUUUCUUUGCUGUUUACGAUGGACAUGGUGGACCUCAUGCAGCUGUGCUGUGUAGAGAUAGGAUGUACUUGGUACUACAAGAAGAGCUAAUGCUGGUGCGAACAACCGUAGACAUGAGCAGCAGCGGCAGCUCUCGCCGGGGAAGACGAGAACGAUUGGAAAGGCAGAGGGUUACGGAGGCAUGGAAAAGAGUGCUGCGGCGAUGUUUCCAUAGGAUAGACGAGAUGGCUUCAUUCACUUGCUGCGAGUGUGGUACAGGUACCCCAUGCGGCUGCCCACCCAACACCUUGGGAAUGGCGGGCUCCACCGCUGUGAUGGCAGUCGUGACGGAGGAAACUAUAAUAGUAGCCAACUGUGGUGACUCACGCGCCGUCCUUAGCCGUGGUGGAAGGGCCAUCCCUCUUUCUUUUGAUCAUAAGCCAGACAGACAAAACGAGCGUGCUAGAAUAGAGUCAUGUGGAGGCCGAGUUCUUUUUGCAGAUUGUCCACGAGUUCAAGGAAUUCUCGCCAUGUCUAGGGCAAUAGGAGACAAGUAUCUAAAGCCAUAUGUGACAUCCGAGCCUGAGAUUACCUUCACAAAAAGGGAAGCAGAGGAUGAGUGCCUGAUUCUUGCCAGUGAUGGAUUGUGGGACGUCAUAUCAACUGAAAUGGCGUGUGAGGUGGCUAGAGAGUGUCUUCGAGAAGAAAAUCCAACUGGAAACCAUAGUUUCAGGCCUUGGGUCGAAGGUGAUGGUGAAGGAGCAAUAUUUUCUUCCCAAAGUGCAUCAGCAGCAGCGCUGCUUACUCGGCUUGCUCUGGGCCGUAAUAGUUAUGAUAACAUCAGUGUAAUUGUGGUUGAUUUGAAGAGAAAUUAUGCUGGACGAUAGUUUCAGCACAAGGUAACUUCUUGAAUUGAACUUAUUGGAUAGUAUAUCCAACCAAGGGGAACAUUUAGAGAUGGUUUAUUAACCUUUUUUUUUUAAGACAAUGAUCAGUGCUUAAAUUAAUGACU